AUGAAGGUAUUCUCAAACUCGGAAACCUUCAACUACUCCUGGGAGGAGGUAUCGACCGCCAACUGGCGGAAGUACUGCCCAUGGAACGAAAAAUCCACACAUGUUGUCGCCGUUGAUACCGUCAGCCGGACGGUCGACCCAGCCACCGGCAUCCUGCGAACAGAACGGCUCAUCACCUGCCGACAAAGCGCCCCCGACUGGCUCAAGAGCCUGAUGGGCGGGUGCAUGGACGAGUCGCAAGUGUUUGAGACGUCCUACGUCGACCCGCGCAGCAAGACAGUAACCAUGGUCUCGGCCAAUCUCACAUGGAACAACCUGAUCAGCGUACAAGAAACGGUCGUCUACCGCCCUCUCAACGACCACCAAACCGCCUUCGAGCAGGCCGCUCAGAUCACCGCGCUUUGCGGUGGCUGGCAACGCAUCAAGAACCGCAUCGAGGACACACUCGUCAAACGCUUCCACGAGAACGCCGUCAAGGGAAAGGAGGGGUUCGAGGCCGUGCUGGCUAUGAGCCGUCGCGUGUUUGCCGAGGAACGCGAGCGUGAGCGUCUGAUGCUGCUCCAGUCGCAGGCCAGCAACAUCCGCUUGGCCGAGGCGGCGACAGCAUGA